AUGGACAGCCAAGUCGAAGACGCGGUUUCCAGUGCUUAUCGCAAGAAGGUCGUGAAAGAGAGUCGCACCUCUCGAGGAACCUCCUCGUCUAUUGGGACUCCUACCACCGCUGGUAUCACCAGCAGUAUUGAUUACUUGGUGCGGGAUGAGGACCUGGCGUGGUCCGCGCUGAUUGGGCGGCUGGCGAACAGCGACGGAGCGAGUGAUGGUGACAGCCGGGGGUUGGCAGCAGCCGUGCUGGACGCAGCGGCACUCCUGCCCGAGAUUGCAGCACUGCGUGUGGACGCCGCAGCCGUCGACAGGCUGCCUCUCCUCCUCCUUGACAGCGGCGUUGGUGCCGCUGGCAUGGCGGGCCCUGCUGCAACCACUGCCGCCGCUACUACAGCCACUGCUGCUGUUGUGAAAGCAGCGCUGGUCAAUGGAAAGUCAAGCAAGUCAACCACUGUGGCUUCCAACUCUGUCAUCGAGCAGUCGUCCCUCACUAAACUUGAAGCUGCUUCUGCUGGUGACAGCGAUGCUGCAGGACGCACCGGUGGGCUGGAUGGUAACGACCACAGCAGCAACAUCAGCGGCAGCAGCAUGCGUCGCGGUCCGGCUUCAUCCAGCUCGGCUUCUUCUGCCCCUCUCUCUGCUGUUGCGGCUGAUGGCAGCGCUGCUACUGCUGCACCUGCUGCUGCGGCAACGGCAGCUGUGCAGACGAAGCAGCAGCAGCAGGGCGUGGGGGGCGAGCAGCAAGGGGUGGGCAUCAUUCCAUUCCUCAAGGGCAAGAACGUCCUCAUCACCGGCGCCACUGGCUUCCUUGCUAAAGCCCUGGUGGAGAAGAUACUGCGAGAGCAGCCAGACGUGGGGCAGCUGUACCUGCUCAUCCAGCCGCGGGGGGACACCACCGCGCACCAGCGCCUCGCUUCCCAGGUGAUUCCAUCGGCCAUUUUUGGGCAUCUGAAGCAGCGGUACGGCGAGGGCUACGAGGCGUUCAUGAGCAGCAAGCUGACGGCGGUGGACGGCAACAUAGGCGAGGAGAACCUGGGUCUCAGCGUGGUCACCAGUGCUGCUCUGGCGGAUAAAGUGGAUCUCAUCAUCAACUCCGCUGCCACCACUGACUUUGACGCCCGGUACGACGUGGCACUGAACAUCAACACGCUGGGCCCCCGGCGACUGUUGGCCUUCGCCAAGCAGUGCCGCCACCUGCAGCUGCUGCUGCACGUGUCCACUGCGUACGUGAACGGCAAGCGCAAGGGGCAGGCCAUGGAGCGCCCCUUCGCACCCGGGGACACCAUCGCAGCGGAGAUGCUCGCACAGGCCGCACACUCCCCUGCUGCCUCUGCUGCGGCUGCUGCAGCAGCAGGCAUUCCCGCUCUAGACGUGGACGGGGAGGUGGCGUUUGCGCAUAAGGAGCGCGUGGAAGUGGAGGCGGCGGCAGUGGCGAGGGGUGCGGGCAAGGACGAGGUGCUGGCUGCUGUGAAUGCACACAUGUCCGCCCUGGGCCGCGCCAGGGCGCAGGUGUUUGGGUGGCAGGACGCGUACGUGCUGUCCAAGGCCAUGGGGGAGAUGACACUGGGGGAGCAGCGCGGGGGAGCGCAGGGGGGGGAGGAGGAGGGGGGUGCAGGGGUGGUGCCCGUGGUGGUGGUGCGGCCGAGCAUAGUGGAGAGUGCGUUGUGUGAGCCCAUGGCAGGGUGGAUGGAGGGCAUGCGCAUGGCGGACCCCAUCCUCAUGGCAUAUGGCAAGGGUGCCAUGGCUGGCUUUCUUGCCGAUGGAGUGGCUGACAUUAUCCCAGUGGACUUCGUCGUGAAUGCCAUCUUGGCCGUCGCUGCCGACAAUGCCAAGCUGCCCCCACAGGCACCCCACGGCACCACCAUCAGCGCCACCGCCACCACCUCUGCGUCUGCCUCUGGGUACUGCCUGCCUCGUGUGUACCACGUGACAACCUCAGCGGCUAACCCUCUGCAUGUGAAGACCAUUGCCGAUGCUGCCACUGACCAUUUUGCUGCCAAGCCCAUGAAGCAGAAGGAUGGCUCGCCCAUUUCUGUCGCUCCGGCUAGGGUCUUCAAAUUCCCCAUGCUGUUCCUCCUGGACCUCUGGAUCCGAUACCAGCUCCCCAUGCUGCUGAUGAAGCUCUUCCCUAAAAAGGGAGCAUCAACCGCACGUCGGACUAUGAUUAUGAUGAAGACGAUUGAGUCACUCAUGCACUUUGCCAAGAUAUACUCACCAUACACCUUUUACGAGGCACAGUUUGACUCCAGCAACACUGAAGAUCUCUUUGCUAGGAUGUCAUUGGACGAGCAGCAAAAGUUCAACUUCAAUGUGCGCAAUAUCAACUGGCACAACUACAUGUGCAACGUUCACAUCCCAGGACUACGCAACUUUCAGGAGAUUCAAAUAAUCAGGGCUCACAGCAGCAGCUGCGAUUCAACAGUGCGCGGGCCGUGCUCCUCACCUCGCCUCCUCUGGCUGCUUCCGUCCUGUCGGUUGAGGAACGCCUACGAAGGAGGGGAGAGGGACUUGACGUGUGUUCCCGCAUGCCUGCACACGUCCUCGUGUGUGCGUGCUUUCUUCAAACUGACUCAUGCCCUGUCAUGCAUCCGCAGAUACGCGCAAUCCUGCUCAUCGUUCGGUAUCAGCCCACCGCCCGACAUCCUCAGCGCUCUGGCGUCACCCUCGCACCGCAUAUCUGAGGACGGGUCGCCGCAGUUAGCGGUAGAGCUGCCUCUCGCGCACCUGUCGGACGCGGUCGCGGUGACGCUGGGCGAGUUCCUGGCGACGGCGUGUCCAGAGCUGCAUAUCGUGGACGUCAGCAGCGCAGACGCGGUACCCACCGUGAGCGGCCACGGCAUUCUCUUCCUGCUGCGCGCCGUGGGACCGCACCUGCAGCACGCCAACCUCUCCAACAUCCCGCUCGGCCGCGAGGCCUUGAGAGAUCUGUUCCAGCGCGGGCUGAACGCGCGCAGCCUGUGCUUCUCCUUCUGCCGCGUGCGCAAGCUCGACUUCGUGGGCGCGUUCCCGCGCCUGCGCUCCCUCGUGCUGGACCACAACCCCGCCAUCACGUGCCUCCCCGACGGCUGCUUCUCCAACGCGCCGUCGCUCACGUCGCUCUCGCUCUGCGCCACGGGCAUCUCGAACCUCUGGACCACUGUCGCCGCGCUAGCCAAGCUCCCCCUCUUGACGCGGCUCCGCUUUCAGGGGUGCAUGUGCUGCCGCGGCGACACGUCCGCGUGCGCGGAGCUUGCAGCGGGGCUGGCUGGCGAUGCCGCGGACGCGGACGAGGGCGCGCGGAGGGAGGUGGCGAGAGCAAAUGCUGGUGAUGGUGGUGCUGAUUAUGCUGGUGCUGGUGUUGGUCAACGGGAUGAGGACGUGGUGGAAAUACGGGCGUGGUUGGGCGAGGAAGAGGGGAACCUGGAGAACUUGGUGCGGGAGGGCAUGGAGAUGGAUGAGGUCAUGCGCGAGUGGGAAGCGCAGGGGCAGGCUGAGGGCGCUCUAGAUGCUGCGCUGGACUUGGCUGAGCAAGUAGGCAUGGGGUUCGGUGGCCCGGGGGAUGAAGAGCUCGGUAUGGUUGGCGAUGAGGACUUGAGGGGCGCGCAGGGCGAGGAGGAGGAGGAGGAGGAGGAGGAGGAGGAGGAGGAGGAGGAGGAGGAGGAGGAGGAGGAGGAGGAGGAGGAGGAGGAGGAGGAGGAGGAGGAGGAGGAGGAGGAGGAGAUGUUUGACGGGAAUGCGAGUGAUGAGCGUCCAGAGGAAGAGGAGGAGAGCGACGAGGACGAGGAAGAGAGAGAACGCAGGGAUGGUGAGUUUCGCCACGUGGGCAUGCCAUGGCAGCAGGUUCUGUCUCGUGAAGCGAGGGGACUGAGGCAGGGAGGUGGAGAGCAGCAGGACGCAGCAGAAGCAACAACCGCGGGGAAUAAUGGCGGUGCAACAGGCGCGGGAGCUGAGGGUCUUGGCCCCAGAGCAGUCCCUCUGGGCCCAUCACCGCGCAUGCGUCCCGGUCGCCUUCACCAGCAUCAACCUCUGUUUCGGCCCAUUCCUGCUGUCCGCACUGCUGCUGCUGUGCCAGGUACAGGGGCCGCACAGGGCACGGGUCUGUUGGCCGAGCAACGGGGGGUGCUAACAGCAGCGGCACACGGAGCAGGGGAACAGACAGCAGGGACAGCAGCAACUGCCAGCGCGGACCCAGCAGGUCUGGGUGGGGCUGGAGGAGGUAUGGCUGGAGGGCUCACGGCACGAGAACUGGACUUGAUAAGCUAUCUUAUGGGGGAUGCACCCAGGCGUCUCCGGGGCAGGGAAACUGGUGCUAAUGCUACCAACGAUCAACGCGCCGAUGCUGCUCGUGCUGCUCGUGCUGUUCGUGCUAGCGCUGCCGGUGAUGGUGGCGCUGCACGCCGUGACUACCAUGCCUUGGAAGGCCCGUACGCCGCAGCGUCCAAUUUCCUGCACCACUCGUCGCCCAUCUGCCAUGUGCCGCACUACCGUGCGUUUGUGCUGUCGUCCCUGCCGCAUUUGGACGUUCUAGAUAACAUGGCGGUGAGGGAAGGCGAGCGCGCACAGGCGGAGGGCGAGUGCGAGAGCAGCUUUGAGCCGCUGCCGUACGGGCUGGGCAGCAUUGGUAACGUCGUGCACCUGCUGAUACGCAGAGAGAUCCGCGCCCCGCUCAGAGCUCUCGCCUCUGUUGCUGCCCGCCCACUUCCCAGCCAGCAAAGCGUUUCCAAGGAAAAAUUGCCUCCUGUUGGUGCUGUAACUGGUACUGCUGUUGCUGGUGGUGGGGCUGUUGCUGGUGGUGCUGCUGUUGCUGCUUCUGCUGCCGCCACACCCGUCAUUGCGUCUUACACAGCAUCUUCUGACUGCGUGACUGGCAGCAGUGGCAGGCCUGCGGGAGGCGCAGCAACGGAGGAGCUGGUGGGGGGACAGCAACGGCAGCAAGACAGGGUCGCGGGCGUAUUGGGCAGUGGGAGCGGGGAUGGUGCUGACAGCCAAAGAGUGGGGCAGACCGACAUGGAGUAUUCGUCGCAUGAUAGCGAGGGUGACGAAAAUGGUGAUGGCGAUGAUGGUGACGAGGAUGGCGGUGGUGCAGGGAGAGGCAAUGCGCGGUGUUGUGGGAAGGGCAAAGCACCUGUGGAGGAGCAGGACCCAGAAUCCGCCUCUGCACGUCUGUGGCGUGCUACAGCCGGAGCCAAGGGCGGCAGUGUGGAGGGCUACAGGCGCGCUCUAGGAGCCAACCGAGUGGGCUGUAGCAGCUGGCCCGCCAGCCGCCCCAUGACCUGCCCUCUGCGCAACGCAGGGCUGGACGCUCCCAGAACGAUGUCGUCGAGCCUGCGGCCACGGCAGUUUGAGUACCAUCCAACGGAGGCGCAUCUGAUGGUGUUUGGCACGCUGCACGGGGAUGUGGUGGUACUCAACCACGAGUCAGACCGCCUCGUGGGCCACGUGCAGUCCGUUGGUGCCCCACACUCCAUUCUUGGCCUCUGCUGGCUCAACAAACAUCCCAACAGGCUAAUAGGCGGGUGUGACAACGGGUCCAUCCAGCUGUACGACGUGGAGCGCAUGCGCGCCUGUCUCGUCGCUGCCAUCGGCCGCUCCGCUGCCGCCGCAGCCAGCACCAGCGGCGCCAGCAGCAGCGGCACAGGCAGCAGCGAUGGCAGCAGCGUGGGUGGCGGCAGUGCAAGUGCACUGACUGGCAGUGGCGGGCGAGGUGCCACCACAGCAGCAGCAGCAGCAGCAGCGGCAGUAGCACCGGCGGACUUGACCACCCCUCCGGCUGUGCUGGCAGCGCCAGCAGCAGGUGCAGGACGCACAGGAGGUCUGGUGUCAGACAGUCCGCUUGGCCUUGGUGGUUCUGCAAGUGGAAGCUCUCCUGUGACUCCUGGACGGUUGCGGCACCCUGCCAUCCACACAUAUGAUGAGUUUGAGCAGCUCACGUCCGUGCAUGUCAACUGCACUGAUGACCUCUUCCUCGCCAGCGGGUACUCGAACCACGUGGGGCUGUACGACCUGCACACGGGGCGGCGGCUGCACACGCUGCACAACCUGCACCGCGAGCACAUCAACGUGCUCAAGUUUGCCCACCACUCGCCGCACGUCUUCGCCACCUCCUCAUUCGACCGCCACGUCAAGCUCUGGGACGCACGUCAGCGCAUCUCGUCCUCGUCUGGGGGCGGGUUCGGGGGGCUGUUUGCGCAGGGGCGGGAGAGCGUGCGGCCGAUUUACUCUGUGCGCAGUGACCGUGGCAAUGUGAUGGUGUGCUUCAGCCCUGACGAUCAGUUCCUGCUGUCCUCUGCUGUUGACAAUGAGGUGCGGCAGCACAUAGCAGUGGAUGGUCGGCUGCAGCAGCGGUUUGAGAUAGCGGCGCUGGGCAGUGCGCACAACUACACGCGGUCCUACUACAUGAACGGGCGUGACUACAUUGUAUCAGGCAGCUGCGAGGAGAACGUGGUGCGCAUCUGCUGCGCUAAAACCGGUCGCCGCCUCCGCGACAUCCCCCUGGAGGGCAAGGGCGGCAAGAGCUCCCUCUACGUGCAAUCUCUGCGAGGAGACCCCUUCAGGGACUUCCAUCUGUCGGUGCUCGUGGCCUACAGCCAGCCCAACUCCCCCUCAGACAUUGUCAAGGUGAAUCUAGUGGCGGGUCCUCCGCACCGAAAGGGCCUAGACAAUGACUUUCAGACUCAGCCGUUGGCGUCAGUGGGUGCGUAG